AUGUCUCCCUUAGUUUUUGUGUCUCUCCUAUUCUUAUUCUUAAUUGAUGGUUCUAAGGGUCAGCUUAAAAUGGAUUUCUACUCAGACACAUGUUUUCUAGCAGAACUCAUUGUCAAUGAUGUUGUUAGAGAAGCUGCUCUUUCUGACCCAACCGUGCCUGCUGGUUUGCUUAGGCUUCAUUUUCAUGACUGCUUUGUUGAGGGAUGUGAUGGUUCCAUUCUGAUAGAUAAUGUUACAGAGCCAGAAAGAGAUGCAUUCGAACAUCUAGGUCUAAGAGGGUUUGAUGUGAUAGAAAAAGCUAAGGCAAUAUUGGAAGAAUCUUGUCCAGGAGUGGUUUCUUGUGCAGAUAUUGUGGCUUUGGCAGCAAGAGAAGCAAUUUCCAUGGUAUAUGGACCUUGGUACAUGGUUCCUACAGGGAGGAGAGAUGGAUUUGUUUCUAAUAAAUCUCUUGCAGAUGAUAUGCCAGAUGUUAGUGAUUCAAUUCAGCAACUCAAAACCAAGUUUAGGAACAAGGGUCUCACAGAUAAAGACCUUGUCCUUCUCAGUGCCGCACAUACAAUAGGAACAACAGCAUGUUUCUUCAUGAAAAAAAGACUAUACAACUUUUCUCCAUCUGGUGGUGGAUCAGACCCAGCUAUUAGUCCAGAUUUCCUCCCAGAACUUAAGGCAGAGUGCCCUCGGACGGGACAUGAGAACGACCGAUUAGCCAUGGACAUAACGACUGAAACAACAUUCGACGAUAACAUAUUGAAAAACAUAAGGAAAGGCUUUGCUGUGCUAGAAUCUGAUGCAAGACUUAACGACGAUGCAGAAACAAAGGCUGUGAUUGAAUCAUACUUAGCUCCCUUCGCUCCAAAAUUAGGACCUCAUUUCGGAUUUGAUUUUACUCAGUCAAUUGUUAAAAUGGGACAAAUUGGUGUCAAGACAGGUUCUGAGGGAAACAUUAGGCGAGUCUGCUCGAAAAUCCAUUGA